AUGGCUGCUAACAUUCUGCUGCAGGGUGCUUUCCCGUGGGACGGCCGUGACCAGGAGGAGCAGGCCGAGGCCUGGUACAACCAACCAUUGCGAGUCAAGAAUCGCAACCUCGAGGAUGAGAACAUGCGUCUGAAGCGUCUGCUGCGCGAGCAUGGCAUCGCUUGGUCUCCAUCCGUCGCAGCUAACCCCAAUUUCCAGGCGGGCAUCACCAACACGGGCAAAGGCACUUCGGGUAGCACCCGUCGCACCCGAGCUUCCAUCACUGCUGAUCAAGGAAGGCUCCCACAUCUUCCUGUUGAGGUGCUACUCCGCAUUCUUCACUACUCGCUCACCAGCAGGGAUGCGAUCAUCGACCCACUGUCAAAGUCAAAGGCUGAGAAUCUGACGCCUUACGAGAAGUCUCGCGGCAACCAGGUCGCCAUCCAUUUCUUGGCUACUUGCAAGGCGUUUCACAUCGAGGGCACCAGGAUCUUCUGGGAGAAUAACUCCUUCGUCUUCACUACUCCCGAGGCUCUUCGCAACUUUGCCGAGGUUGACGCAGGCCUGCGCAAGACCGUCAAGCACGUCAAUCUGCGCAUCAUCGCUCGAUACUUCGAUGACGAGAAGCGUCCUCACAAGCUGGGUCGUGAGUAUCAUACCACUCUGAAGAAGGAUGUCGCCUUGAAGGUCACUCCACGCAUCAAAGAGAAUCAGACCCUGGCCCGUAAGGGUUUUCACUGCUACACUUGGACUCAGACCAUUGACUUCCUCGAAGCUCUUAGAGCUCCUUUCGACCCGAAGCACGAUAAGAAGACUUCGCGCCCUCGACUGUUCCCGAACCUUGAGUCCAUGAGGAUUGACUUUGUCAAUUUCCCAGAGUACUUCCUCCCGUACUCUGAGACUGACCUGCAUGAGGUCUCCUCCCACGAUCUCGGUUGUACCUUGAAUGAGCUUCUCGUUACCGGUCUCCCAUGUUGCGAGGUAGGAAUGAAGGCAGGAGCUGACCUUCAGGGAAUGGUCAAAGACGAUGGUCUAUUCUUGGACGGCAAUCCGGCGUUCAUUCAGCUGAAGACCUCUCUCAAGCCUCUCUCAGGUUACGGACUCUGUGCCAAAGUUGUCAGAGCUUAUCGAAAACUCGCCAAGGAGAAGAUGGAAAAGGACAAGGAGAAUGCUCAAAAUGGUCAGGCUAGCGACUUCGACCCCACCCAGACCUUCGCCAAUCUUAGUAUGAAUCCUGGCCAUUCUCACCACGCGCACCUUCCAGACCUUCCCAGUGUUCCCGAGGAAGAGGGACAUCCUGUUUCCGUCUGGAAGAAAAAGAAGACUGUGUGGAAGCGUGUUCCUGAGUCUCGCGAUUCAAAUGUACGAAAGUGGAUUGAGUUCGAUCGCAACUCAGGGUACCCCAUCGAGGAUGUGUUGGACUUCUAUGAUGACGAUAGUGACGACGAGGAUGCUUUCUUGUGUCCCAAGUGUGGGGAGGUGCACAGCCCGUUCGACCCGGAUGACUGGUAG